GAACUUUAUGAAGAUGGCACAUAUGCAGUUAUUUCAAAUAAGAAUUCUGAUCACUUCAUACCACUGGAUGGGUUAGAUAAUGAUUCCAAAGAUGGUUUAUCAAAUAACUUUAAGAGUCACCCACUUCAAUUGGAUCAUGCUAGCGACAGUAGUUGCUUCGAUGGCACAGAUUACAUAAAACCAAAUCUAUCUAUGCACGAAUCAAAGAAAUCAAAUAUUUGGACACCUCAUGGCACUUGUUUGACACUCACAGAUCAUGAUCGAAUUCGGCAAUUCAUACAAGAAUUCACUUUUAGAGGACUUUUACCACAUAUAGAGAAAACUAUUAGGCAACUGAAUGAUCAGUUAAUAUCCAGAAAAGGCUUGAGUCGCUCUUUAUUUUCUGCAACCAAAAAAUGGUUUACUGGGGGUAAAGUUCCAGAGAAAGGUGUGAAUGAACUGAAAAGCACAUCUGGUUUGUU